UACAAAUUCCAGACUGAAGUACUAAUAUGUUUCUCGCUCUUUGCUGUUUAUCACCAAAUAUUGCUCAAUUUUUCUGCAUACCACACCUACCAUAGAUAUGCUUCAUACUAUGUCAUAUCCGGAAUUUGUCUGGAAUUGCAAGGUUCAAUUGAGGCGUUUUAUCAGUAGCUUGUUUUGUUGUCUAUACUAAGAAAAAUCGCAGUAAUAUUAAAGAGGUUUGCAGUUUGCAAGUGAAACGGGAGCUGCUCCAUUAUUUCCCCCCUUUGUUACUGAUUGGUCAAAUGCAGGGUGACCGUCUUAUGCUAGAUUCUUGAGAUGUUUAUUUACAAAUGAUAUUAAAGUCUGUUGUUUUGAAGCAUUGCUACUGGACAUUUGACAGGUAUUGGAGAUAAAGAUGGAUUUGAUACUGUGGAUGACUUGUGUGAACCAACCAUGGGUGAAAAACUUGCAACCCUCAAGUUGGAAGGAAACGACAAUGCCCCUGAAAAUGCAGACUCUUCUCUUCCGGCAAAGCCACCUAGUGCAGCCUCAGUUAAUAUCUUAGUUAAGCAAGCACUGCAUGCUGAUGACCGAGCCCUUCUCAUAGAUUGCUUAUACAGACAAGAUGACAAAGUUAUUGCAAACUCACUUUCACUGUUGAAUCCUUCUGACGUCCUCAAGUUCUUAAAGUCUCUUGUGCCGAUAAUCCAGCUAAGGGGUGCGGUUUUGGCAUGUGCUCUUCCAUGGCUCAGAAGUUUACUUCUUCAGCAUUCUAGCAGUAUAAUGUCCCAAGAAACUUCCUUGGCUGCUUUAAACUCUAUAUUUCAGAUAAUAGAAUCAAGAGUCUCAACCUUCAACCCUGCUCUUCAACUAUCAAGUUCAUUGGACUUGCUUUACGCAGAUUCUGUUGACGAUGAAGUGGAGGAGAAUAAUAUAAUUGCGCCUGUUAUAUAUGAAGAUGAUGAUGAUGAUGAUGAAAGUGAUGAAGAUGCAUCUGAUGAUUCUUCCAUGGAAGUUGACACCGUAGAAGAUGGUGAAGAGCCUAUACUCUACAGUGAUAUCAGUGAUGCCGAAGAGGAUGGCGAAAUCAGUGACUAAAUUUAUCAUCAAAAGUUUUGCUGCCUGACAUGUAUGCAUAAGCAAACUCUAUCACUUUUAGUUCACAAAGUGUAGAAAGCAGAGUUUUUCUUUUAUUGUAUCCCUAGCUGUUCCAUUUUUAUGAUGAGAUUGUAUAAGAGUAUCUUUGUAUAGUUUAUAGCAACCUUGCAUCUCAUUAGCAUCGCAUUAGCAUAUGCACGUUCAUUUAA